AUGUCUGACACUGAACGAUCGCCACUCCUCGCGCGGCAGCACGAGGAGCAAGCCCCGAACGAGUCCUCGCCUCUUCUCUCCAACCACCAUGAAUCGGAGCACGAUGGCGAUACCAACCAGCGCCGCAACUCGUCGUCAGACCCAGUCAAGGACCACCACAGCACCAAGCGCAAGUGGAGGUGGCCAUCGCUCAUCGCCAUCCUGGUCCUCGCAGCAUCAGUUGUUGUCAUCAUCGUUCUCGGAUUCAUCGUUCCCCCUGCUGUCAAGCAAUACGCCGAAACCGCUGCGGUCCUGGAGCCUACAAGCUUGUCGCUCGAGUCUCUGACGGCUGAUGGUGUGCGGGCCCGUAUUCAGGCCAACUUCCGCCUGGAUGGGGCCCGCGUGACCGACGACAAUGCCCGCCGAAUUGGUAGACUUGCCACUGGAAUCAUGAGGCAUCUCGGCACGGAGGAGACGCGGCUCUACGUGCGUCUCCCGAACUACGACAACGCUCUCCUCGGCUCUGCCAUUGUGCCGCCUCUCUCGCUUGAUCUCGUGGAUGGCCACAACAACCAACUGGACUUCGUGGCCGAUGUCACGCCUGGGGACGCCGAACUCAUGCGAAAGAUUGUCAACGAGUGGCUUGAUGGCAAGCUUGACCAACUCAAAGUGAAUGGCGCUGCCUCGCUGAGCCUCAAGUCUGGCAUCUUGCCUCUAGGCACUCACGACGUGGUGGAAACAAUGGUUUUUGAAGCCAAGGAGAUUCCCUCUAUCCCCGAGUAUAAAAUUCAAAACCUGGUGUUCCACGACGUCCCCCUCGGCGACGGGGGACGCAUGGGUGUCGGUGCCAAUGUUUCCAUCACGGCACACAACGACUACCCUGUGGGCCUCGAUGUUCCGUCGCUGGCCUUUGAAGUUCUUGUCCCCAACUGCAACCCUUCAGAGCCUAACAUCAAGGUUGCUUCAGCAAUCACCAGCAUCAUCCAGGUUAGGCCAAAGUCGGACGUUACGGCAGAGGCCGAGGGCGUCAUUCGCGAACUGCCGGAGACCCUGACGCGAGCUUGCCCUGACACGGAGCUCUCCCCGCUGGACAACUUCAUGAAGCACUACCUGCAUGGGGAAGACGCUCGGGUAUUCGUGCGUGGCAAGGCGUCGGAGCAGUCUGACCUCCCAAAGUGGGUCGGAGAGUUCUUGGAGAGCAUCACUGUCCCAGUCGAGUUCCCGGGCCGCAACUUCGACAAUUUCAUUCGCAAUUUCUCCCUCACGGAUGUUGAUUUCAAGAUGCCCAGCCCCUUUGCGGACCCCAACGACCCGAACGGCAAGCCCCGUGUGUCGGGCACGGUCCAGGUUUUGGCCGCCCUCCCGGCAGAGCUGAACAUCAACAUCGAAGUUGACAGCCUGAGGGCAAACGGCGAUCUCAUCUACGAGGACCAGAAAUUCGGCGAGCUGAACCUCGAUGAAUGGCAAAAGGCCAACUCGAGUGUCACUCCUGGCUCCGGCAAUGACGAAGAUCUCAUCACCAUCACGUCCCACAUCACCGAUGCACCCAUCGACAUCACAGACGGCGACAUCUUUGGAGAUCUGAUGCAGAAGCUUCUGUUUGGGGACGAGGACAUUAUCCUUGACGUCAAGUCGUCCGUCGAUGUCAAGGUCGCGACGGUGCUUGGCAAACUGGUCCUGAAAGGCGUCCCUGCGCAGGGGAAAGUCCCAGUAAAACACAUUCCCGGGGAUACCGUCUCGGCUCUGGACCCGCACGUCAGCGACCUACGAAUUAUGAACACAUCAGCAACCGGUGUCAGUUUGCAAGCAAAGAUCAACUUGACAAACCCUACACCUUACACGGCUACAGUACCUUAUAUCAACGUUCAUGUUAUGAAGCACGGAUUUAUGAUUGGAGAGGCAAUUGCAAGGGACGUGGACUUUCAGCUCGGGGACAACGCAGACAUAGCCGUCACCGCGACGUGGGAUCCCAUGGCUUUUAGCGGCAGCCGCGGACAGGAAGUCAGCCGUCAGCUGCUGUCCGAAUACCUCUCUGGGAAGAAUACGACUCUAGAGAUCAGAACCCAUCGCGGCACCAUCCCGACAAUGCCCAUCAUUGGCGAGGCAUUGUCAAAGAUUAACAUUACGCUCAACACUCCUCGCGUCAAGCUCCCUGGGGACGACGACGACGACAGUGACGACAGCCAUGGCUUCAUCCGCGACGCGACGUUUCACAUCCUGUCAUCGACCGCGGCAUUCACACUCGCUUCGCCCCUGCACCACAACACGGUACACAUAGAGUACAUCAACGCAACGGCCUUUUAUAACCACACCGAACCGGUAGGCCAAAUACUCCACGACGAGCCCUUUGACGCCCCGCCUGGCCUGUCGCAGACCCCGCGGCUGCCCGUCAAGUGGUCCACGAGCAGCGUUGGCUUCGAGAAGCUUAAGGAUGCCCUCGGAGGCUCGCUGAAGCUGGAUGCCGUGGCGGACGUCACGUUGAGGGUGGGGAAUUGGAUACAAGAAGUGAAAUACGAGGGGAGGGGGAUUGGCGCGAAGGUGUCGCUCUGA